CUCACCCGGGACACGAAGAGUCAGACGAGCCGCCGGCCGCUGGCGCUUCCGCGACGCCGAGAGGAGAAUUAAGCACCUAUUUCACAGAAAGGUAAUAAAAAGCGACACUUAGACGAGUCUUCAGAGGACGUGACGUGUGUGUUGUUUUGUGGACGGUCUCCGGCAUCUUUAUGACCUGCUCGAGGCUGUAUCCGUAAGGUUAGCUCGGUGUUUCCCUCGGAUGAGGUUACCUGCUAGUCAUCGUUACAGGAGCGCUGCGUGUUUCCCUGUGACGAGCUUCUCUAUUGCAAUGCCUCAUGUUGGUUUGGAGAAGGACUGUUGAUGUGGGGGGACAUCCUGCCCUACAGCGACCCGUCCUUGGUGUUCUUCUUCCUGACGGCGUUCGCCACCGCCACCAUCAUGCAGUGCUUCCUCAUCAGCACGUUCUUCUCCAAAGCCAACCUGGCUGCUGCCUGUGGAGGGCUCAUCUACUUUGGGCUCUACCUGCCGUACGUCCUGUGUGUGGCGUGGAGAGACCGCCUCAACACCACCUACCGGGUCCUCGCUAGCUUCCUGUCUCCUGUGGCCUUCGGCUUCGGCUGCGAGUACUUCUCUCAGUACGAGGAGCAAGGCGUCGGCAUCCAGUGGUCCAACCUGCACUCCAGCCCCGUGGAGGGCGACUCGUACAGCUUCACCACCGCCAUCGUCAUGCUGUACGUGGACGCCUUCCUCUACGGCGCGGCCGCCUGCUACAUCGAGGCCGUGUUUCCUGGUGAAUACGGGAUCUCCCGGCCCUGGUACUUCAUCUUCCAGGUCAACUACUGGGGGGGAGUUCCCCUGGAGGCCGGCAUGCCGAUCCCCCCCGCACCUGCAGAACAGGACGAAGAGCACAUAGAAGCAGAACCCACGGACCUGACCCCGGGUGUGAGUGUCACAAACCUGGUGAAGAUUUACAAGAAGGGAGCCAAGCUGGCCGUGAACCACCUGAACCUGAAGUUCUACGAGGGCCAGAUCACCUCGUUCCUCGGCCACAACGGAGCCGGCAAAACCACCACCAUCUCCGUCCUGACCGGCCUGUUCCCUCCGACCUCGGGCACCGUGUACAUCAACGGUCUGGACAUCCGGCACGACAUGGACAUGAUCCGCCGGACGCUGGGCGUCUGUCCUCAACACAACGUCCUGUUUGACAUACUCACCGUGGAGGAGAGCCUGUGGGUCUCAUUGGCCCUACACCAGGUGACGGCUGAGAUGGACACGCUGCUGGACGACGUCGGUCUUCUGCACAAAUGACACGAACAGACCAAAAAGCUCUCUGGUGGCAUGCAGAGGAAGCUGUCCGUGGCCAUCGCGUUUGUGGGGGGCUCUAAGGUGGUGGUCCUGGAUGAACCCACAGCCGGGGUGGAUCCUUACUCACGCAGAGGGAUCUGGGAUCUGCUGCUCAAAUAUCGCAAAGACCGCACCAUCGUCCUGUCCACGCACUACAUGGACGAGGCCGAGCUGCUGGGCGACCGCAUCGCCAUCAUCUCCCAGGGGAAGCUGUGCUGCUGCGGCUCGCCGCUCUUCCUGAAGUCCCGCCUUGGAUCUGGCUACUACCUGACGGUGGUGAAGAGGGAGGGGCUGGACACCAGCAGCAGCACCAGCAGCACCAGCAGCAGCACCAGCAGCAGCACCAGCAGCACCAGCAGCACCAGCAGCAGCACCAGCAGCACCAGCAGCACCAGCACCAGCAGCAGCACCAGCAGCACCAGCAGCACCAGCAGCAGCACGCUGCCCCUCAAGGACAGCGAGUCGUCCAUGAGUGAAGACACCGGCCUGGGCAGCGAGGGCAGCAGCUCCUACCUGGCGGCGCUGCUCUCCCUGGCGUAGCUCCACGUCCCGGGGGCGCGGCUGGUGGAGGAGUCGGGCCGCGAGGCCGUGCUCAACCUGCCGCAGGCCGCAGCCAAGGACGGCAGCCUGAGCCGCUUCCUGUCCGACCUGGACCAGAGGCUGGGCGACCUGGGCAUCGGCAGCUACGGGCUGUCGGACAGCACGCCGGAGGAGAUCUUCCUGAGAGUGGCGGAGGAAACGGGCGUAGACGCUGAACCGGAGGCCGGGUCGCCCCUCAGGCAGCCAGCUGGGCCGCAUGGGGAGGAGCCAGAGACGGGAAGGAAACGGCUCCAGAAGCAAGAGGCUCAGGAGACGGACCUUCUGAGUGGAGAUGGCCGCGGUGGAGUUCCCCUGAGCGGCUGGUGGCUGACGUGGCAGCAGCUGCGGGCGCUCUUCAUCAAACGCUGGCUGUACGCCCGGCGGAGCCGCCGCGGCUUCUUCGCUCAGGUGGUGCUGCCCGCUGUGUUCGUGCUGGUCGCUCUGCUCUUCAGCCUCGUCGUGCCUCCGUUUGGGAAGUACCCGGCCAUGCAGCUGCAGCCCUGGAUGUACGGGGAGCAGUACACCUUCUUCAGCAACGACGCUCCUGGGAACCCGGCCAUGGAGAACCUGCUGGAAGCUCUGCUGGACCAGCCGGGCUUUGGUACCAAGUGCAUGGAGGAGGAAGAGGAGGAGGAGGAGGAAGACAACAGCACGAGUCCUCGGUGUGGGGCCCAGCGGGGGGGCCCCUUCAUGAGGCCUCAGGUCUCUUACUCCACCUGGCAGAUGUUCAGCAGAGGCAACUGGAGCCGAGACGCUCCGUCUCCUGGGUGUCGCUGCAGCUCGGAGGACGUCCGCCGGAUGCUGCCCGACUGCCCGCCGGGCGCCGGAGGGCUGCCCCCACCACAGAUGAAGAGGCUGACUGGAGACAUCCUCCAGAACCUGACCACCUACAACGUCUCAGACUACCUGUUGAAGACCUACUCCCAGAUUCUCAAGAAAAGCCUGAAGACCAAGAAGUGGGUGAAUGAGUUCAGGUACGGAGGCUUCUCUCUCGGGGGCAGCGCCACGCAGACGUCACCUCCAGUCCACCACAACAUCCAGGAGAUCAGGACCCGGUACCAGGUUCCACUGAACAGUUCUCUGGAUCAUCUUCUCAACAGACUGCCGGAUGUUCUUGGCGGACUGAACAGUGAAAACAACGUCAAGGUGUGGUACAAUAACAAAGGCUGGCACGCCAUGGUGUCCUUCGUGAACGUGAUGAACAACGGCCUGCUGAGAGCCUGCCUGCCCCCAGGUCCACAGAGGAGGAGACACGGCAUCACGGCCUACAACCACCCGCUGAACCUCACCAAGGAGCAGCUGACGGAGGUGGCCAUGAUGGCCACCUCAGUCGACGUUCUGGUUUCCAUCUGCGUGAUCUUCGCCAUGUCCUUCGUGCCGGCCAGCUUCGUCCUCUUCCUCAUCGAGGAGCGAGUCAGCAAAGCCAAACACCUCCAGUUCGUGAGCGGGGUGAAGCCCGUCCUCUACUGGCUGGCCAACUUCACCUGGGACAUGUUGAACUACACGGUCCCGGCCUCCAUGGUGGUCCUGAUCUUCAUCUGCUUCCAGCAGCAGUCGUACGUCUCAGAGACCAACCUGCCGGCCCUGGUGCUGCUGCUGCUGCUCUACGGAUGGUCCAUCACCCCUCUGAUGUACCCAGCAUCCUUCAUGUUCUCCGUCCCGAGCACGGCCUACGUGGUGUUGACCUCCAUCAACCUCUUCAUCGGGAUCAACGGCAGCAUCGCCACCUUCGUGUUGGAGCUGUUUGUUGACGAGCAUCUGAACGAGGUGAACAGGAUCCUGAAGAAGGUGUUUCUCAUCUUCCCUCAUUUCUGCCUGGGACGAGGACUCAUCGACAUGGCCAAGAACCAGGCCAUGGCCGACGCCUUCCAGAGACUGGGCACGAAGCAGACCCUGAACCCUCUCCAGUGGGACUCCAUCGGGAAGAACCUGUUUGCAAUGGCAGCUGAAGGCCUCAUCUUCUUCAUCUUCACCAUCCUGCUGCAGUACAAGUUCUUCAUUCGCCUUGGGUCGUGGUGGGCGGAGCCUGAGAUGCCUCCGCUCGGCCCGGAGGACGAAGACGUCAACCGGGAGAGAGAGAGGGUCAAGAGCGGGAAAGCCCACGCAAACAUCCUCUCCAUGAUCGACCUGAGCAAGGUUUAUAAAUCGGGCCGGAAGCCGGCGGUGGAUCGUCUCUGUCUGGGGAUUCCUCGAGGAGAGUGUUUUGGCCUGCUGGGGGUCAACGGAGCAGGAAAGACCUCCACCUUCCGCAUGCUGACCGGAGACACCUCCAUCACCUGUGGGGAGGCGUUCCUCCACCAGCACAGCGUGCUGGGGGAGAUGGAGCGCGUCCACCAGCUGAUGGGUUACUGUCCUCAGUUCGAGGCGCUCAGCGACCUGCUGACGGGGCGGGAGCACCUGGAGCUGUACGCCCGGCUGAGGGGGGUGCUGGAGGAGUCCGUUACCAAGGUGGCGCAGUGGGGCGUGCAGAAGCUGGGCCUCAGCCAGUACGCUGAGCGCGAGGCGGGCGGCUACAGCGGCGGCAACAAGAGGAAACUGUCCACGGCCAUCUCGCUCAUCGGGGCGCCGCCCGUCAUAUUCCUGGACGAGCCGACCACCGGCAUGGACCCCAAAGCCAAACGCUUCCUGUGGAACUGCAUCCUGAGCGUCAUCAAGGAAGGAAGAGCCGUGGUCCUCACCUCCCACAGGUAGUGCACAGGUAGAGCCCUAGUGGUGCUCAAGCUCCUCCCCUUUUGCCCUGGAUGAGUAAAGUGCCAUUUUUGCUGGAGCCACUUUUUUCAUUCAUCAGUAUUGAAGAAUAAAAGUUACUCUCUGCCAUCAA